AUGCACCCGUUAGUAAAGACUUUUGUUGUUUCAAUUGGUAUGAUGACAGAUGCUUAUGAAAUUUUCCUCAUGAAUAUCUGUUAUGUUAUCAUCAAAGAAAUUUAUGGAGAAACAUCCUACUCAUCAACACUAUCAUCAGCUGUUUUAAUAGGAAUGGCAAUUGGUCAAUUAUUAUUUGGUGUUCUUGCUGAUACUAUUGGAAAAAAAUUAAUGUUUAUUACAACUUUAACGAUUCUCAUCAUCUUUUCUAUUUUACAAGCAUUUUCAUUCGAAAUUAUAUCAGGAGCUGGACCUUAUAUUAUUUUAGCUAUCAUUAGAUUUAUAUUAGGUUUAGGUAUUGGAGGAGAAUAUCCACUCUCAUCAUCUAUUGCAUCAGAAGAUGCUAAACCACACAACAGAGGAAGAAAGUUAGUUUUUAUUUUUUCUAUGCAAGGUAUUGGUAAUAUUCUUGCUCCACUUGUUGUAUUAAUACUUUUAUAUACUCCUUUAAAACUUGAUUAUGUAUGGAGAACAGCAUUAGCUUUAGGUGCAGUUCCAUGUAUUUUAACAUUAUAUCAUCGUAUUACAAUGGAUAUGCCAAAGAAAAAGAAAGGUCAUGUCACUAGUAAAUCUGAAGUUCGUGCUUUAAUCAAAAAAAAUUGGUUUUAUUUAUUUGGAACUGCUGGUUGUUGGUUCUUCUUUGAUAUUGCCUUUUAUGGUAAUUCAAUGUUCAACUCAACAGUUUUACAGGUUAUUGGAUUUGGACCAUCUGCAGAUGAUGAAGACCCACGAGAUGGACUUAUUUCAACAACUAUUGGAAAUUUGAUUUUAGUACUUAUGGCGUUCCCAGGUUUUAUUGUUAGCUUCCUUCUAGUUGAUCGUAUUGGAAGAAAGCCAUUACAACUAUUUGGAUUUGCUGGUACUGCUAUUUGUUUCUUCUUAAUGGCAUUUUUUGAAAAUAUUAUUCUUGAACAUGUCCCUUAUUUAUUUGUUAUAAUAUAUGGACUUUCAUUCUUUUUCCAGAAUAUGGGACCUAAUACAACAACUUAUAUUAAUGCAGCUGAGACAUAUGAUCCACGAAUUCGUGGAACGUUUAAUGGACUUUCUGCUGCUUCAGGUAAAAUUGGAGCAAUGAUUGGUACUGCUGUUUUUAGUCCAUUUACUACUGCAUUUGGUCAAACUGCUACAUUUUGUACGUGUGGUGCAUUAAUGAUGGUCGGAUUUGGGUUAUCUUUUAUUGUACCUGAAGGUAAAGGAGCUGACAUUGAACAAAUUGCUGAUAGUUAUCAACAGUUCGAUGAAGAAAGCAAUCAAAAAUGA